AUGAGUGGAGGCCAGAGGCAUCCAAAGCGGAGCGCUCUACGAAAAAACAACAGUCGCAUCUUGGCAGUGGCGACAUCUGUCAGAGGUAUGGAAUUUUUCAAUCGGCUGAUUAUCAGGAAGCGGACACCAUGUGACAAAGUUAGAACCGAAUGA